CGCAUGCGCACUGGAGCUCACGGGAAGCCAUGUUAAAGUUACAGUCAAGUACUGAGACUGAGAUUCCCUUCUGACGCCGUAUGUUUAUUUUUUUCGGGUUUUCUCCUUUUGUCCGUGUCAGGGCUCCCAGCAAAUCUAUCACUGAUAGUCAGAGACCGGAGUCCCCACGAUGAACUCUAGUUUCGAUCUAUCCAGGCGAAAUCCGCAAGAGGAUUUCGAGCUUAUCCAGAGGAUAGGCAGCGGGACCUACGGAGAUGUUUACAAGGCCCGUAAUGUCACUACAGGUGAGCUGGCUGCUAUCAAGGUCAUUAAAUUGGAGCCAGGUGAGGACUUUGCAGUGGUUCAGCAGGAAAUAAUCAUGAUGAAAGACUGCAAGCACUCUAACAUUGUGGCCUAUUUCGGUAGUUACUUAAGGAGGGAUAAAUUAUGGAUAUGUAUGGAAUACUGUGGGGGAGGUUCAUUGCAAGACAUAUAUCACGUUACUGGGCCACUAACAGAAUCACAGAUAGCAUAUGUAACGAGAGAAACCCUUCAGGUAAGCCAUUUUACUGGACUACAUAAUAAAGCAUAUACUUACAGAGAUUCUGAAGGUGCCAAUAUUUUAUUGACGGACAAUGGUUACAUCAAGCUAGCUGAUUUUGGUGUAUCUGCACAGAUCACAGCAACACUAGCUAAAAGAAAAUCCUUCAUCGGGACUCCUUAUUGGAUGGCCCCAGAGGUGGCCGCCGUGGAGAGGAAAGGAGGAUACAAUCACCUGUGUGACAUCUGGGCUGUGGGCAUCACCGCCAUUGAACUAGCUGAACUGCAACCUCCCAUGUUUGACCUUCAUCCAAUGAGGGCUCUGUUUUUGAUGACGAAAAGCAACUUUCAACCCCCCAAAUUAAAAGACAAAGUUAAAUGGACGAACAAUUUCCACAAUUUUGUGAAGUUGGCUUUGACGAAAAAUCCAAAGAAACGGCCACCAGCUGACAAGUUAUUGCAGCAUCCCUUUGUAUCCCAACCGUUAAGUCGUAUUUUGGCGAUUGAGCUGCUGGAUAAAGUGAACAACCCUGACAGCUCGUCCUACACAGACCUGGAUGAUGACGACCCAGAGCCGGAGCCUCCAGUGUCUGUUCCACAUCGGAUUCGCUCAGCAAGCCGUACCAGUCGGGAAGGGAAGACUCUGUCAGAGAUUAACUUCGGUCAGGUGAAGUUUGACCCUCCUUUAACAACAGAGACAAAACCACAUCAUGAACCGCCCGACACUGACGAUUUUUUGGACUGUGCCGAAGAAAUAUACUACACUGCAAGAUCCAAUCUGGAUUUACAGAUGGAUUAUGAGCAGGAAUCCCCUAAAGGCUCCAUCCUGGGAGGAAAUAAGAGCCUCUUGAAAUCUGUUGAAGAAGAGCUGCACCAGAGGGGGCAUGAGGCUCAUUUGGAGGAUGAUGAUGAGGGUGAAGAUGAUGGUGAUGAUCAUCAUGAUGAUGAAUUGCAACACACUAAAAGCUCCACUAUGAGGCCCACGUUCCCCCCACCACUUCCUCCCAAGCCAAAGCCCAGUCCCGGACCACAUCAAAGCCCCUCUGGUGAUCAUGACGGUAACCAGGGCACUAUAAAGCACUGCCUGGGGCCCGAAAGCCCAGCUCGAUCAUCCACCAAUGUGCCCCCUCGACCUCCACCUCCUCGACUGCCUGCAAACAAGCUCAGCAGUUUAGGUAACGAGACCAGUCGGGAAGAACAUGGCCCAUGGGAAGCCCAGGGGGAUGCUGGGAUAUGUAGUCAGUUCGACGAGAGGCUGCAGGUCUCAUUUGAUGAAGAGGAAGAUCAUGAUGAGGAAGGAGACAGCAAUGGAAUUAGCUCAUCUGAACACUUGCCCUUAACAGAGAGACAGUCCACAAUGCCCCCUGCUGUUUCUAUACCAAAGGACAAGAAAGAUUUUCCAAAACCCAUCAGCAAUGGUCUCCCUCCAACUCCAAAGGUUCAUAUGGGAGCAUGUUUCUCUAAAGUCUUCAAUGGCUGCCCAUUAAAGAUACACUGCGCUACCUCAUGGAUCAACCCAGACACACGAGACCAGUAUCUGAUAUUUGGAGCAGAGGAAGGUAUUUACACAUUAAACCUUAAUGAGCUGCACGAGACGUCCAUGGAGCAGCUUUUACCCAGGAGAUGUACUUGGCUGUAUGUCAUGAGCAACAGCCUGCUAUCAAUAUCCGGAAAAGCAUGUCAUCUGUACUCUCACAGUCUGAUGGGCCUAUUUGAACAUGCUCGACAAAUGCAGAAGCUCCCUGUUGCCAUACCAACACAUAAAUUGCCUGACAAAAUAAUCCCCAGGAAAUUCACAAUCUCCACUAAGAUCCCUGAAACAAAAGGGUGUCAAAAGUGCUGUGUAGUGAGGAAUCCAUAUACUGGUCACAAGUACCUGUGCGGUGCCUUUCAGUCCAGUGUUGUCCUUUUUGAGUGGGUGGAGUCCAUGCAGAAAUUCAUGUUGGUCAAGAGCAUAGACUUCCCCCUGCCGUGUCCGCUGGAGGUUUUUGAGAUGCUGGUGGUUCCAGAGCAUCAGUAUCCUCUCAUCUGCAUGGCUGUGAGCAAAGGGACAGAGCUCAACCAGGUGGUGCGGUUCGAGACCCUCAACCCCAACUCUACCUCCAAUUGGUUUGAUUCUGAUACCCCACAGAGCUGUGUGAUCCAUGUGACCCAGCUGGAGAGAGAUACAAUUUUAGUCUGCUUAGAUCGGUGCAUUAAGAUUGUAAAUUUGCAAGGUCGGUUGAAGUCCAGUCGAAAACUCUCAGCAGAACUGACUUUUAACUUCCAGAUUGAAUCAAUAGUUUGCCUUCAAGACAGUGUGUUGGCCUUCUGGAUACUCUACGAUUAUACGUAUUGUGCAAUCCCAUUAUUCUAUCCACAUUUUAUAUUCCAGAUUACACAGGAGAUUUCUGACAACUCUAGGAUAUUCAGGCUGCUGGGUUCAGACAGAGUGGUGGUUUUGGAGAGCCGACCAACAGACAACCCCACAGCACACAGCAAUCUCUACAUCCUCGCAGGCCACGAAAACAGCUACUGACUGCAAUGAAUUAUGGGAUAAAAACACUACAUGCCGGAAUGCAAAGUUACAAGAGCCUUUGGUUUCAUGUGGCCCGAUGACAACUGGCCACAUCUCAGAAGAACCACAGAUAUACUGUUGUUGAACCACCGAAAGCACAGAGGAAGACUUGAACGAACAUAAAGAUCUCAGAGUAGGAUAUUCAGAUCUCAGAGAACAGACGGGCCGUAACCGCACGAUAUACUACAGUAUGCACUUUCACACUUAUCUGUUUUAUAGGCCUCGCUUUGGUUUGGCUUGUAGCAGUUUUAAUUUAUUUUUUACCUGAAACACACACAAACAAAUGUUUUUGGUUUUUUUUGGCCACUACUCACACUUUGACGUAACCACACAAGUGCUUGAAGACACGUAUUUAAUUCAUGUACAUACAGACAUAGUAUUGUUAAGUAGUCUUUGUAUUGGUUGUGUAGAUAUCAGCACAUUUAUGUUGUACAGGUUUGUGGCAGCGUUGGCUAUUGUAAAGGACUGUGAGAUGCUGGGUUCUACUUAAAAUGACCUUUAGGGCAGAUCAUUUUUGUUAAAUGCAAUAGUUUAGGAAUCACAAAGCUGAAGUGCCCAUCUUUCCAAGACUUGCCUUCUUAACAUUGUUAUUUUUAUUUGCUUGUUUUUAUUCUACUUUUUUAUAUAAAGCCAAAUAGUGUUUUUAU